AUGGAGGAAAAAACAUCGGGGACACCUGCAGCUGCUAUGUUAGCGACAGCAUCUGCUACAGGAGGAGCGGAAGGUUCAGCAGCAACUGUGCGCUUCUGCGUUACAUGGGGCCUUAUGUGUUCCUGUUGCAGCCCUCAAUCGUGCAAAAGCUUGACAGCCGCAGCAACUACAGCAGUCGGUGCUGUCCCUGGCAUAAGUGCAGCAGAGGCAGGCGCAACUGCUGCUCCUAAAGGCUGCACCAGAGUGUCGCUCCGCAUUUGCUCGCGUUGGUCACCUUCUUGGAGAGAGCAGCAUCAACCUUCUGCAGCGUUCGAUAAUAGCUCUGACUGCAUUGCAUCUGUUUGUGAAGGGGCAAGAGAAGCGGAGGCGUCACUGUCAGUUUCGGAACUAGCGAACGCUGCUGCAGCAACGCUGCUGCAAAGCGGCGACGACCCAGAGGAUCUCUUGCCUUUAAAUAACGACAGCUACAGUAGAGGAAACGUCGAAAGCCAUUUCGUGUGCAGGUUUUUACUUAGCCUUCCUCCAAACAGCUUUUACAAGGGUUCGCUGCGAACGUCCGACAUCCACAGGCCACUGCGCAGCAGCACUGCUGCUGCAUUGAGCCUUGCAACGGCGCUGGGCGGUAGCUGCAGCAGUGCCUGCGACAGCACUACCAGCAAUGUGUGUCUUGUGCUACACCGUGCCGCUCCUCACACUGCCACAACGUCACACUCUUUGGACCCCGCUCAAGCAAUGACUGCUGUUGCACCAGGUUCAGGAGAAGGUAGCGCAGAUCUGCUACUAUCAAUGGUACUUUACGGCAGCAGCCUGAUGCAUGUUCCACUCUGCCGUCCUUUAGAGCUUCGAGAAGUGCCUGCAGCGGUUGCUAGCCGGAGCUUCUUUGCUGCCGCACUGGCACAGCAGAAAAUGCACGAGCUGUUAUUCCAGCAACUGCGGGCUGCCUCAACGGAGGCGCUGCAGCAGCUUCAGCAGACUAUGCGCAGUAUGGAGGCAGCUGCUAAUGCUGCACAGAACCAACGGGAGCUGCUGCUGCUAAGUUGCUGCCGACUGCUCAACGAGAAGAAACAGCGUUGCAAAGAAUUGCAGCAGGAGCUCUUGUUGCAGCAGACACAGCCGCAGGACACGGAGAUGCAGUGUGAGAGGCAGGGACAGCAACAGCAGCACACGCGUGUGCAGAAUCCGCAGCGAAGCAUCCCUGCUAAGCGCAAGGGCAAGCAGAAGACAAUAAUGCUUGCAGCAGGAAGUCCACUUGCUGUUGAAGCCCUGUCUGGAGAAGGAACCAAUCAUGCCACUAACAGAAGCCAAAUAGCGCAAAGCAAAUAUCAUGGUGGCUCAUCGGCUUCAGCGCGAGCUGCCUCGUUUCCGGCUACAGAAGCCCAACAUGUAAAAGGAACAGCAACAGCACCUGUAGCUGUUCAUCCUGCUGCAACGACAGCAGUUGGUGAUGUCCCAAUCACAGCAGCUGCCGCUCCUGCUGGCAUGGUUACUGACGCCUCUCUGCAUACACAUGUUGUUUUCCGGGCACCCGAAUUGGUGCCAUUGGCACUUGAGCAAAUCCAGGUAAAAGAGGAGCAAACAACAGAACCUGCAAAAUGCGCACAGCAACAGCAAAAGGAGCAGCAGCACCACUUGCAGCAACACCAGGUACAACACCACGAGCAGCACGCAGAACAGAAAGAGCAUCAGAAGGCGCCGGAAGGGAAACAGUCAGAUUCCCUACAUCAGCUGCUGCUGCAAUUGCUUAGCCAUCAACCCGACGAAGGCCACCAGCGCCAGCUCCAACAGGAAAUAGAUAAGCAGGAGGAGCCAUCCCUGCAUUGUCAGCCUACCAACAGCCCUACACAACUACAGGAGCAGCAGCACAGCCAACUACACUGGGAAAAGCGGGAGCAGCAAGGACAGCAAGGCGUGCUGCCGCAAAUGCAGCAACAUCAGCAUGAAUAUGUACGUUUCCAGGACGUUGGGGAGACACUUGCGUCGACACAGAAGCUGCAUGAUUCCAAUGCAGAGGAGAAUGAAGACAAGGCGCUGAUUUAUGGGACUGCUUCUUCUGCUGUUCCUGUUAGCACAAGGUCUCAUGUACUUCACGUUUCUUCUGCACAGACUAAUGCUGAUGAGAUCAAAGCCUCUGUGGCAGAAGCUGACACUGCUGCUACAGAAUAG